AUGCCCGGCUUUGCGACCUAUCUACUCGGCGCUCUUAGCGCCAUCGUAAUCGCCCGACUGAUCCUCUCAAUCGUCAAACGCCCCUCACUGCCCCUACCGCCAGGACCCAAGCCCGUGCCUCUAAUCGGAAAUAUUCACCAGCUGCCCAAGAGCCUCCAGUGGCUGGAGCUCUACCACUGGAGCAAGAAGUAUGGCCCGGUCAUGCACCUCAGUAUGGGCGGGCAGCCGCUCAUCAUCCUCUCCAGCCACCAGGCCGCACACGAUCUCCUCAACCGCCGCAGCUCGCGAUACUCGGAUCGCCCGCGUAUGGUCAUGGCCGGCGAGCUGGUCACUAAGGGCAUGCACAUGCUCCUCCGACCAUACAACGACCAGUACAGGCUACACCAGAAGAUGGAGGCCCCGCUCAUAAACCUGCGCUCUGCGAGCAACUACCGCCCGCUACAGGACCUCGAGUCGCAGCAGCUGCUAUGGGACGUGCUAGGCGAGUGGGACGAGUUUGGCGAGAAGGGCGUAGACUUUCACCACCACUUCGAGCGCGCAAUGGCCAGCACCAUCUACUGGCUGAACUAUGGCUACCGGCUGCAAACGGGAUAUGAGAAGGAGCUGAUAGAUGGGAAGCGCGUGCAGGCGGAGUUUGCGCGCACCGGGCAGGUGGGUGCUUACAUUGUCGACUUAUUCCCGUCGCUGAAUUACCUGCCCAAGUUUCUGGCGCCGUGGAAGAAGGAGGGCGAGGAGCUAUUUGAGCUGGAGCGCCAGCUGCAUGUUGGGAACUUGAGGAAGGGGCUGAGUGGCGGAAAGUGGAACUUUGCGAAGCAUAUGAAGGACUCGCCGGAGGCUGCGGGAAUGCCGGAGGUUGAGCUCGCGUUUGAUCUUGGGGUUAUUGCUGAUGCUGGUUUGGAUACUUCGACUGUUGCGCUGGACUGGUUUAUCGUUGCUUGGAUUACGUCGGGCUCGCGUGGCUGGGUGAAGAAGGCGCAGCAGCUGCUGGACCAGGUCGUCGGCAAGGACCGCCUGCCUAGCUUUGAAGACUACCCUAAGCUGGCCUAUAUCGACGCUAUUGUGAGCGAGACCCUCCGCUGGCGCCCCGUCGUCGUCCAGGGCGUGCCACACUUCACCAAGGUCGAGGACGAGUACAUGGGCUACCACAUCCCAGCCAACUCAACUGUCCUCCCCAACGCAUUCGCCAUCACUCGCGAUGAGACCGUCUUCGGCGAGGACGUCGACAACUUCAUCCCGGAGCGGUGGCUCGCCGAGGAAUCCGACAAGGAGCACAUAGACGUAUGCGGCUUCAACACACCCGCCCUCAAGGACCUACCGCAGACGGGCUUCGGGUUCGGGCGCAGAAUCUGUAAGGGCCGUCUCAUCGCGCGCAACCAGCUGUUCAUCCAAAUGGCACGCAUGCUGUGGUCCUUUGAUGUCGAGGCUGGCGUUGUGGACGAGGCCACAGGCGCGAGACACAAAGUCCAUGAUAUGGACUGCACGGAGGGCUUUGUCACCCUGCCCAAGCCGUUUAGGUCUGUGAUGCGUCCGAGGGGGCAGUGGGUGCGUGAUGCGAUCUUGAAGGCGGGCACCACGCACCACCUGGAUCACUCGGCCAUUUUGGAGGCGGCAAAGAUUGAAUAG